CACCAAUUGAGUCAAGACUAUAGUAAUGACAACAAUGAAAGCAGUGGUCUAUUAUGGACCUUAUGAUAUCAGAACUGAAACCAGACCAAUCCCCCAAAUCCAGUCCCCGCUGGAUGUAAUCAUCAAAGUGAAAUACUCAGGUUUAUGUGGUACCGAUCUUCAUAGUUACCGAGGUCACAUCAAAGGUCCAGUGGACACAAUUAUCGGACAUGAAUUUCUUGGAACAAUUUCUGAAGUAGGUAAAGAUGUUACCAAAUUCAAAGUUGGUGACGACGUCUUGAGUACAUUUACUAUUCAAUGUGGCCAAUGUUGGUAUUGUAAGCAUGGGUAUUCGGGGCAAUGUGAUGUUACUAAUACUUUUGGUAAAGUUGGUCUUGAUGGAGGUCAGGCAGAAUACGUCAGAGUUCCUUAUGCAGAAAAUACCUUGAUUAAAAAACCAUCAAGCAAUGACGGUGUUGAUGAUUCAAUUUAUGUGCUAAUGGCAGAUAUUUUCAUUACUGGUUAUUUUGGAGUUAAAAAAAUCAGAGAUUUCUUUGCCCAGAAAUCUGCAGAAGGAGUUGCUAUUCAACAAGCUAGGGACACAACUAUUUUACAAAUUGGUGCUGGACCAGUUGGUUUAUGUGGAUUAAGAAUACUUAAACAUUUUGGGUUUGAAAAGGUUGUUGUUGUCGAUGGAGUUGAUUCACGUUUACAAGAAGCAACCAAGCUUGGCGCUUACAAAACGGUCAAUUAUAUAACCAACCCCGAUGAUUUGGCUAAGAUAAUCACUAAUGACACCAACAAUAUCGGGUUUGAUGCAGUAUUGGAAUGUGUCGGUGCAAAAUCAGCUCAACGAACUGCAUAUGAAGCUGUGCGUAGAAAUGGGUUUAUUUCUAGUUUAGGUAUGGGUCAUGAUGAAUUACCAUUCAAUGGAUUAGAGUGUUAUCUUAAAAAUAUCAACAUUUCAUUUGGAAGGUGUCAUGCAUGGUCGUUAUUUGCUGAGGCACUUGAAAUAUUUGAACAAUUAAAGCUGGAUUUUACAGAUUUUAUUGAUUAUAAGGCUUCUAUUGAUGACAGUAAACUGGCAUUUGAAUUGUUUGACAAACAAAAGGUUAAAAAAGUUGUAUUUGAUUUAACGUUAUGAGUAGCACAGUUUCAAGAAUAGUUUUGUAGAACUAGAAAAGUGAAAUUUAUUUAGUAAGCUCUUUAAUAAGGUCGCUAACACUCAGUACACCGUAAAGACAAAAAUUUUCAAUUUUGAACACCUUUCGUAACCACGUAGUUCUUAU